CGUCUAAUUUCCAAGGAAUUUUCUCUGUCGCCCACCUCCAAUGUGUUCGUGCACUUGGCGUUUUUUAACAUUCUCAACAAGUUUCAUGAUUGAUCAAAAAAAUCGACGCUAUCGAUUGAAGUCGUGAAAAUCAUAAUAUUCAAUCGGUGAAUUACUCGUUGAUCAAUCGAGGCUUCAAAAUAAUGAGCAAAUCAAGAACUGGAAAAACAGCCGCCGCGUGUACAGCGGUGGCGUUUAUUUUGGUUGUAAUCGCGUUCACCACACCCAACUGGCUUGAGACUGAUGGUCAACUCGAAGAUCCAAAAUUUGUUAAAAUUGGACUAUGGCAAGUUUGCUUUCAAGGUUUUCAAGACCCUCAUCACUUUUAUGACACACGAUUUUAUGGGUGUUGGUGGGUGUUCGAAGAGGAAUACUACAUAAUCCACGACAUCCUGUUGCCAGAUUUCUUUGUGGCAACACAAUUCUUUUUCACUCUGUGUCUAACGUUGUUGCUGGUCGGAGGUUUUCUAACGGCGUUAUACACCUGCUGUUCUCGCCAUCACGAGAAAUAUUUAUUGCUGUUAUGGGCGACAGGAGCGAAUUUGACGCUUUCAGGAAUUUGUGGAAUAAUAUCUGUCAUAAUAUUCGGAGCAAGAGGAGACGGGCGUGACUGGAUGCCCAAUUGGGAGCACAACAAUAUUAGCUGGUCUUAUGCGCUCGCAGUCAUCGGAAGUUUUAUUCUCGUUGCUGCUGGAAUUCUCUUCCUGGUUGAAGGGAGAAGACAUCGUAAAAAGACAGAACGAAUACUUGGUGAAGAACUGAAAACUCACACAACUAUAUAGGCUAUAUAUUUCUUUCAAUAGUUAUCAAAAAAACAUUCAAGCUCAAUGCGGAUUUUAGAAAUCGAUAAAUUACAAUUUUCUCCAGUUCAUUGAUCAAUCGGAAGUGAUAAAAUCAUUUGUAAUCACUCUGUUCGUUGAUCAUUUUUAAAAAACUUGACUAACAUUUUAUGAAUUGAGAAAUUACAAAUUUUUUAAUUUUUUUAAAUACUUAUACAUUUUUUUAAUUUUCUACUCAUCGAGAGAAAGUUUCAUCACCGUUCCGCUCUUAAUGAGUUUUAAUCAAGUUCUCCCACGUAUACACCGCCACUCUAAUGAAUUCGUUUAUUGUUUGCUCAUUUUUCACAAAGACCGACCAUUGAUCGUGCACGUUUCGAAUAUUUUUCAAACUUGUUGCAUUUCUUAAAUCCAAACUUUCUAUUGAUGCACUCUCUUUACUCCAUUUAUCAAUACUCGGGACCUCGAAAGGAAGAAAAAUUAGUUUCAUGAUGAGUAGGUGAAACAUUACUGAAAGAGAAAAUCGUAAUAAAUAGGGUUUUCCGUGGUCUUUAAGAGAGAACAAAGUAUGGGAAAGGUGUAAAAUGAAAGUAUUCACCAUUUAUAUAUGUAUGAUAUACGCAUAUAUAUUUUUUUUUGUGGCUAACCCUGACCAUUACGACUCGAAUUGUAUAUACGAACUUGUAAUUUUUAACAAAGAUUUUCUCAUGAAACUUCGACAAUCGCGAUAUUACUCGUCCCAUUAUAAAGGACAAUUUUUAAAUGUUCAUUUCAAGUCAUUCGUUUCAACAUUGUUAAACGAGAGUUUACCAGAGGUUCGUUUUUAAUGAGACAAGAUAAGACGUAAGGCGCAAAACUCGAAUCCGUCCAAUAUAAAAUAAUAAGAAUUAUAUAUUAUUAUUAUUAGUAUUAGUAUUAUGUAAUGUUGAUUCAACGUAAAAUGCAAUCGUAACAUGUGUAAAUAACUACAAAAAUGCAUGUAGAUAAUAUCCGAGAAGCUGAGGUGCCUUGAAAACACCAAUAAACGAGUUAUAUAUUUAA